ACCGACAGCUCAGUGGUCACCGUCUGUGCAGGGAGUGCGUCAAUUGAACGGUGGAAGGAAAUGAUGGGAGGAAAGGGAAGGGAAGGGAAGGGGAGGGAGGAAUCAAGCGGGAUUUACACUGCUGAAGAGACGAACGAAGAAAUGACAGACACAAAGAUUCUCCUGCUCUGCCAUGUUCCUAGGUGGAAGAGAGCGCAGGCCUUAGGGCUGAGCACGGAAUCCUCUCCCAGAAGUGUGGAGUGAAGGGCGGGCGUAGGAUUCGUAGCGGAAAUAAAGCAUGGAGGAGGAGGAGGAGGAGGAGUUUGUUCUGAUGCUGUGUCCGGUGCGCGAGGUUGUUUAUGGGGACGAGAGAUCAGACUCCGGAGCAGUAUUCGAGUCUGAUGACUCAAACUCAGGUGCCCGAGUGCAUCGUGUGCUUCCAGCCUUACGACCAUACGAUUCAUGUCCCGCGCGUGCUUUCUUGCGGUCAUUCCUUCUGCGAGCCGUGUUUGUAUGAGCUGCAUACGACCUGGCAGCCUUCGACGAGUAAAGCGGGCGAGGACCCGCAGUCCGGCGGUUUGUUGAGGUGCCCCGAGUGUAACUUCCGCACUAAGCUGCCUUUCGGCGGCCAGAAAUGCCUCCCGAAGAAUGUCGCACUUCUUCGCCUGCUCCCAAGUUCUUCGGAAUCUCCUCCUGUCAAGAAACCGGCCCAAUUUUUCAAGGGUCCGAGGUUUAGGAAAUCGGAUGGCGGAGCCAGACGUGUUGACGUGAGUGUACGCAAUUCUCAGAGGAGGCAGAGUGGAGAGCCGAAGGAGAAUUCGGACGCGCUGUGCGACACCACUUCUUCUACGCUGAGUACGAGCAUUGUUAAAACUUUGCGCAGUUCUCUCCUUGGUUCAAUUUUGCGUCUACAGCCUCACAAUUUGGAUUUCAGGGCGUGCAUCCUGCCGCAGGAGGUGAUUCAUCUGAGAGAGGAUUCCGCAGCCAGUUCUGAUAGCAGACUCUUAUACGGUGAAUUCGUCCACGAGGAUGACGGGGUCUACUGGAGGCUUGGUGUUUCAUUGUUACGAAUUGAGGUGCCGAAGAGGGAGUUUCCGAAAGUUGUGCAGACUCAUGUGGACCGGAGCAAGGACAAGCAGGUCAUUGAAGCCGAGUGCAGUAAGACCAGGGAGAGUUUGUAUGAGCAGCUCGUGCUUGAUCUUGUGGAACGGGUAGACCAUGAUACAAAAAUUGAGAUGUCUGUUAUGUUUUUUUUCUCAUCAAUUUGUCAUCGGGUCUGUAAGACCUUUGGAUUAUGGAUGAAUGACAAGGAGGAGCUUUAUCUUGUGGGCGAAUCCCCACAGAGCUCAGUAGAAGCCCCUUGGGAUUUAUUGCAACGAUGUAGCACAAAAACCCGGUCCAGAGAUAUAUCACCGGAGAACUCAGAUGUGGAGAAUUCAGUUGAGGAGUCCUUGGGAAAGUCUAAUGGACGAGCAGAGUUGGAAGUAUUGACCAGCAUAGGUGUACGCCUGUGUGAGCUUCUGCUUGAAGUCCAUGAAAGGGGACUCAUGGUAGGUCUUUUGAGUCCGGAAAGCAUCGCUUUUGAUUCGUGUGACAACAUGCUUCUUGAUAUGAAUGGAGCUUUGGGAGCACGACUUCAUCUACGUAAUUGGCUGGUACAUGUAUCUACCAGCCAAUUGGACUCCUCAGACGGUUCGGACUGCGACUCCCAGUCCGUCCACAACCAAGGGAGCAUUCGGUAUGAUGGUCAGUGCUGGGAAUACAUGAGCCCAGAAGUACUUGCUUUUAUGAGCAGCAGCAAUUUGCUUCUCUCAGAGGAUGAGUAUGAGGAUGUGUUUGAGUAUGAGUCUGAUGAAGCCAGUUGCUCUGGCGACCUUGUACCUUUGUUCUGCCUUGCACUUUCAGCUCGUAUCAGUUGCAAAGCAGAUGUUUGGUCCCUGGGAUGUAUAAUUCUGGAACUGCUUACUGGAAAGUCUCCUCACGCAGGCUCGGAUUGCACGGAGAUUUUCGAACAUGUGCUUAAGGAGCAAGGAAAGCCCAAGUUUUUUCAAAGUCUGGAAUUUUCUGAGCAUGGUUGUGAUACCUAUUCCUGCUUGGACCUGGAUCAUCAUAUAUUGCAGAAUCUGCUUGGGAGAUGCUUCGAACACGAUCCGAGCAAAAGAGCAGAUAUCUAUGAGGUGCUCCAGGGCUUCAAGGAACUACAGCUUGCUAACCUUGCUUACAAGAGGAUAUUCCCUAAAAUGGAAACAAGGAACGACGUCAAAACCUCAGAUGAAGAGUACUGGAUUCUUUGCUUACCUGGAUUUGGGUUUAAGGGUUGGUUCGAAUACGAACGAAAGGCAAGGGCACAGAAACACGUUAAGCUUUCUCAGGAGAUCAGUGACAGUGAGGCCCUACAGGCAGAACUGUCAGAAGAAGCAGAACGUUUGCAAGAGUACGGAGAUGAAGCUCAGAGAGAACCAGAACCUUUGCAAGUAUGCUCUAUGGAGUUAAAAGGAUCGUUGGAAGGACAUCGAGAUUACGUUACAGCUCUGAUUGUUAGUGGAGAUUAUCUGCUCAGUGCUUCUUUUGACAAGACAAUACGUGCCUGGUCUCUCGGAACCCAGCAACUUUUAAAAAUUUUAGAAGGUCAUCAUACUCAAGUUGUACUUGCAUUAGCAGUGGACCCAGUUUCCAUGAGGUGCUUCAGUGGAGACAGUCUGGGCCACCUAUGUGCUUGGCGACUUGAGGAGGAGUCCGAGGAGGCACAAACACCUUUUCUCGCAUCUUGGCAAGAACACACUGAUUGGCGAUAUACAGGUGUCGCAUCGUUGGCAGUUUCAGGAGAUGGAGUGCUCUACAGUGGAAGCGGGGACAAAACUGUCAAAGCUUGGUCAUCUCAGACUUUUGAACAUCUUGGGACAAUGGAAGGUCACAAAGCACUCGUCUCAACUCUAGUUGUCGAUGGAGAAUUGCUCUACAGUGGAAGCUGGGAUGGUGUAAUCCGGGUUUGGUGGCGUAAUGAUAUAAGUCCUAUGGCAGUGCUUGGUACUGCAGAUCCUAUGAUGGGUGGGGUUCGAACACUGUGCUUGUCCAACGGCAUGUUGUUCGCAGGCCGUGAUGAUGGCUCCAUACAGGUGUGGCUGGACGAAGAAUACAUCACAGCAGUAAGAGCUCACCAGACUGUCGUCUCAAGUCUAUGCGUGGAAGGGUCUUUUUUGUACUCAGGAAGCUGGGAUCAAUCUAUAAAGAUUUGGCGAAUUGAGGAGAUCAUAUCCAAUCCUUUGCCUGUACUGGAGGAGAAAUGUGGACCUGGCGUGUCAGCGGUGGUCUCUGAUGGGAGCAACGUGUAUGUGGCACUUGCAGAAAAGGCUGUGAAGGUGUACUCCAUUUUCAGCGAUUAUUCUGCUUCUCCUAGCCCUGCUGAACAAACUGAACAAGAAAAAAGUGCGGUUGCAGGGUAAAUGAUCACAUUGACCAUCCGAGAGAUGCCUGGAAGCUAAAUAAGUAUUUCUGGUCCGUCUGGCGAUAUUCAGAGCUACUCAUCAUGCUUUUACCUCAAACGACGAGCUCGUUUUUCAUACAUUCUGUACUCCUGCUUCAUGUAUUACAAAUGGCGUUUCUCAUAACUCAGCCCCUUGGGCCUCACGACAUGAUUUUCACAAGUCAUAUACAGGUCAUAUAAGCCCAAGGUGUGAGCGGAUUGCUCUCGAGAGUAUGAGCGGCGAGUUAACUUGGUGAUUGUUCUUCUAGGCUUCAGGUCGACAUCCCAUAUUCUCGAAACAUGCCUCCCAUGACGCAUUCUAUUUUACACCUUGUUAAUAUGCUUUACUUUCGGGAAGGUGUACAUAUUAGUCCGGUUCCUAGAACGUAGGGCGUUUGUGAGUCAACAAGCCGUUGUACAGUCUGUAUAGAGUGUUAAACUACCUGGUAUGGGAAAUUUUACCCAUCUGUUUUCUUACAAGUCACCGUCUCCGUAAUGAUCUGAAGUGGAAAUCACACAUUGUGUACAGCAAGAUGUAAAAAUGAACUGUCAAAGUUAUCGUAGAUAUCAGCUUACAGAGAAAGAAAUACCUGAUUUUUUUGUAAUUACAUUUACUUUUUAAAUUCGAAAAAGGUUUCCCUAUUGUGCAUAUUGCGGGUGUGCUUAUCAAAUAUUCUUUUCAGAUGAUCAGGUACGAUAUCCUGAAGGCCUUCUUUAACUCUAGACCUCAUGACUGUUUCGGGAGUAUUGACGUCUUCUCGUAUGUAGGGACCUUACGGACCAAUACCUGAUUUUGUAGAUCACUUCAUUACACUUGGCAACAGGUAGCUGAAACUAGCUCUUGGAAAAGAUUUGCUUUGAAGGGCUUCCACCUCUCAUUUAAUUUGAGUGUUCUCUUCCUUUCUUUGCCAACCUUGCUUAUUUCAGGAUCUUUCGGUACAGUAUAUUCUUUGUCCCACUUUAAGUGCGCAAAAUAUGGGAAAAAUGGGAAAACUGGGAAAAAAAUUGUAGUAAAUGAACGGAGUACCUUCACUUGACAUAUCAACUUCGGUAACUAGGUUCAAAGAUCAGUGGAGAACCAACAAAACAAAGAAGAAAGAGUUUUCUCCUAGGAUGAGCAACAAGAAUAGACUAGUCACAAGGAAAUAUUGACGGCGGUUCAGAUAAGUCCGCCUAUCUAGCUUGCGUAUAUUGAUUACUUUCCUGUGAAACGUUUAAGGAGUUUGAGAUGUACUACACGAACUACAGGUUCAUCGUUAAUCGUGUGGUUGGAGUCAAAAUAGAUGCUACUUAACUUUUUAAGUAGACAUGAUGUACGGGAUUCUUGUUAGUAGUUUGUAGUAGCGUUUUACAUCUUUGCGGGAUUGUACGCGUUUAGGGUGAAGAAUUCUUUU